AUGAGAGCUGCUCUUUUGCCCAGCACAUCAUCAAGCAUCCAAACUUCGUUUAGUCAUCGCCCAUUCAGUCUCACCAGCAUCAUUCGCCGCCGACGACCAACUCCUCAGGACAAUAAACACAGCAAUUCGCCCCCUUCAUUACUACUCCGCCGGGACAAAUCCACAGAGCCCGAAAUUGGAUCCAAAAUACUAGAGCAGUUGAUAAGGCCGGCAGGAGCCACCAUCGAUCAUCCUGGAGGACGUGUUCGAUGCGAUGUGUUAUCUGCAUACAAAGGUACUAGGGCCUUCGUCUACAUUCAAAACAGUCGCAAACUCAACUCUCUUACAACCCCGAUGCUUGUGGGGUUGACCGAGAUUUUCCAACACCUGGCUUCGCGGGAAGAUGUUCAAUCAGUCGUUCUGUCGAGUGCUAAUACCCCAGUGGGAUCUACAAAGGCAUUCAGUACUGGGGCGGAUAUUUCCGUGCUGCAAGCCCUGCGCGCUCCCGACGAGGCAGAACGAUACAUCAGAAAUGUCAAAGACGCGUGUCAAGCAAUUCGUGACUUGGAUGCAGUAACAGUCGCGGCCAUCAAUGGAUUUGCUCUCGGCGCAGGUUUAGAGCUUGCCGCAUCGUGUGAUUUCCGAUACGCUACCCGGAGAUCUACCUUUGGUAUGCCGGAAGUGAGGCUGGGGAUCCCUUCCGUUGUUCAAGCAAGGCUGCUUGCAAACAUCAUCGGCUGGCAGAAAACCAAGCAGCUCGUUUAUUUGGGCCGCAACAUCAACGCGACCACUGCUCAUUCAUGGGGUCUAGUUGACGGCCUCGCUACCCACAAUCGAGAAAUCUGGGACAAGCUGAUUCGUCAGGACCAAAUAGCAAUUAGCCUCAGCGGCGUACAGGCCAUGAAAGCGCAGAAGCGUCUGGUCCGGCUAUGGGAAGAAUCCGAUCUCAUUUCUGGCGUUGAUGCCGGGGUCGAAUCCUUCGCCAAUAUGUUCAAGGAUGGCGGGCUUGAAUCAAAACAACUUAUUAACCGAGUACUCCAGCACAAGGAAAAGCGAAAGGAGAUGCAGUCAGCGUUAAUGGCAAAGCGCAACAACGGCCGAGCUGAAGGACAAGAGACAGAUAUGGACGGCGAGAAGGGUACGAUGGAGGAUGAGCAAGAUGAGAAAAAUGCGGAAAAUAAGAAUAACUAG